UUCCUGGUAUGAACUGAAGCUGAGAGCAUUGACUGUAUAUUGGGGUAUAGUAUGGGUUAGGGUUAGCAUAGUUAUCUAUCCGUAGUGUGUUGGAACAUUGGAGAUUGUUAUUGUUACACACUUUCAAUUUGUAUUUAUAUAAUUUCGGCUUAAAUUGCAUGUCAUGUAGCAUCCGCUGAAUGUGUGAGAAGAUAACACAGAAGAAAUAAAGCCUAUAUAUUUUUGUGGUCUGGAUGCUUAAGCUUUAUCAUUUGUGAGUAAGCUCUGACUGGAAAUGAAACAGGAGCACCAGGAUGUCAUCCUCCAGGCGUGUGGUGCCUCGUCCCUGCGUGUUGGUGCAAAGAUCCAGACCCUGUGGAGUGGUUAUGGGGAGAUAGUCAGGCUGCACCUGGAGGGCUGCGAGCGGCCAUCAGUGGUCGUCAAACAUGUCAAGUUUCCAGAGGAGGCCGAGCAUCCCGGAGGCUGGAACACUGAUCGCUCCCACAUGCGUAAAGUGAGAUCCUACCAGGUGGAGACACACUGGUACCAGAACUAUUCCACCAAUCAGAGCUGCCGGACCCCCGCCUGUCUCGCCGCCUGUUCCUAUGGAGACGAGAUGCUGAUCGUGCUGGAGGAUCUGGAUGUGGCUGGUUAUGAUCAGAGAAGGACCAGUGUGAAGGACCGAGAAGUAAAGGCUUGUCUCAGCUGGCUUGCACACUUCCAUGCUCUCUUCCUGGGUGUGGCACCGGAGGGCCUGUGGCCCGUUGGCACCUACUGGCAUCUGGAGACCCGGCCAGACGAGCUGGAGGCCAUGGACCACGCCGAGCUCAAAGCAGCGGCCGCUGGCAUUGACAAGAUACUCAACGAAUGUCGCUUUAAGACCGUCGUUCACGGAGACGCCAAGUUAGCCAACUUCUGUUUUUCCCAGAGUGGACGGGAUGUGGCGGCUGUAGACUUCCAGUAUGUUGGAGGGGGCUGUGGGAUGAAAGAUGUUGUGUAUUUUUUAGGAAGCUGCAUGGGGGAGAGGGAGUGUGAAAAGAGGGUACCAGGCCUGCUGGACUACUAUUUCACAAAAUUAAAUCAAUCUGUAAAAAAGGAUGUGGACUUUGCUGCCUUGGAGAAAGAGUGGAGGGAGAUGUUUGCAUUUGCCUGGACAGAUUUCCAUCGCUUUCUGCUGGGAUGGAUGCCUGGGCACGUGAAAAUCAACCGGUACAGCAAACAGUUGACCAAGGAGGUUCUCCGCAAACUGAAACUGUAAUCCGGGUUUAAAACCUUCAAACUUCAGACAACUACAGAACUGAACAUGUGGCUGGAGGGUGACUGGUUUCAAACUGGAAAAAUGAACAACUCACAAACACCUUUUGUACAGUGAAGCAUGCAUAGCGAAAGAAUUCUACGUAAAUAAAAGUUUGUGAAA